UGAAAAUUUGCUUUUGACAAUUUGACAAUUUUGACAGCAAAAUGAUGUAAAAAAUAAAAAUAUAAAGAUAUUAUAGUUCCAAAAUUGAAGGUAAAAGUUGUGCGUAUAAUUGAAAAUAAAGUAUACUCAUUGACGUUAAAACUUAACUAUAUAGAAAAAGAUGGCUACGAAAACUAUAGCAAGUGCAACUGUGCGCGCUGUAAAAAAACGUAUGCUGCCUUCUAGAACCGCGCUUAUAUUAACCCCAUCAGCGGUUCAAAAAAUCAAAGAAAUUAUGGCGAAGGAAGAGGCUAAAGGUUUUAUUGGUUUAAAAGUUGGGGUUAGACAAAGAGGUUGCAAUGGAUUAUCUUAUACUCUUGAUUAUGCUUCUGCUAAAGGAAAACUUGAUGAAGAAGUAAAACAAGACGGUGUAACUAUUAUAAUUGAUAAAAAAGCACAGUUGACAUUAUUAGGAACUGAAAUGGAUUUUGUAGAAAAUAAACUGUCAGCAGAAUUUGUGUUUAAUAAUCCUAACAUCAAAGGCACAUGUGGCUGUGGAGAAUCCUUCAGUGUAUAAAUAAUCCCUAUUUAAUCAGUAUGACAGUAUAUUUCAAAUAAUAAAGCUACCUUUAAUAUACCAAUCACAUGCGCAUGCUACCGUGACACUCUUAUCGAAAUUUUGCCUCCUUAGGUCUAGUCCUACUCAACCUAAAGGAAACCCUGUGCUUGGUACAUUAAAAGAAGUGUUAAUGUAUUUAUAACCAUCAAAAGAAAUUUUUGAAAUUUUAUAGUUAUUUUUUUAUUUUAUUUGAUUUUCGAAUAAAAAAAAACAGGGUUUAUUUUAAACUCAUCACUAAAAAUAUUUAAAUAAUAGUUUUGUAUAUAAACAAUACAGAUUGUUUUAUCUUAUAUGGAAUAGUGUCAUUGUAUAGAUAGUUAGUUGUAAAGCAUAGUGUUAAGAUAUCUCAUAAAAAUCAUAUAAUGAUGUUUUGUUAAUUCUAUAAUUACCAUUUUUUUGUUUUAAUUGUUUAGUUAAUGCUUUACUUAUGGUAAAAUAAUAAAAUCAGUUAAUAAAAUGUAAA